AUGUUGGGCGACGGUGGGACCCACAGCAGCGGCUGUAGCGCUGUGGGCACUGUAGCACCUGCAGCUGUAGCACCUGCCACUGUAGCAGAUGAUAACAGAGCUGCCACUGUAGCGGGUGGACUUAUAGACGACGAUGACGGUGCUUCUAUUGAGACAUUUUGCUGCUUGAAAGAAGCUGUUACCGGCACUGCUGCUGCCGCCGCCACUGCUGUUUCUGGUGGUGGUGGUGCCGCCGCCGCCGCUGCUGCUGCUGCUGCUGCUGCUGCUGGUGGCACUGCCGCCGCCACUGAGCUUGGCGAGGUGGGGAUCAGAGGGUUGGGUCUAUCAAGCACGAGGAAGGAAGGGUGUGCAUGUGCUGCGACACACGUGCUGGCAACUAUAGUAGCUGUUCUGCUACGCGCCUUUCUCCCAACCAAGGAGGCGUGUUGGGGCUCUGUGACUGGCCCAUUCACCACCACUCCUCCCAGUGGGUUGGGUGUGUCGAGCACGAGGAAGGAAGCAAGUGCUGUGACACACGUGCUGGCUGGCAGGGAUGAUACAUGGUACGGUGGGAGGGAGUUACACACCUUCCUCCCAACCAAGGAGGCGUGUUGGGGCUCUGUGACUGGCCCAUUCACCACCACUCCUCCCAGUGGGUUGGGUGUGUCGAGCACGAGGAAGGAAGCAAGUGCUGUGACACACGUGCUGGCUGGCAGGGAUGAUACAUGUGGGUUGGGUCUAUCAAGCACGAGGAAGCGAGUGAUAGAAGGGGAGAGGGCAGCUGCCACGAGGCAGUAG